AUGUCGGUUUCAUAUGACCCUGAAAAUGGCAUUAAUGAUGCUAAGUGGAUAGCGCUGCUCCUGGUUUGUCUACACUUUCUGUCAUCGCGCCUUUCCAGAACUACGCCAGAACUAACGUCACCCCUCCCCCAGAGUGAACGCGACGUAGCCGGCCAGAUCCCGAUCAACUUCGUCACCAACCCUGCCGUAUCACUGUCCUCUGCCUGCUUUGGCAAUGGCUUAUAUGAUCGAAAAGAUGCCGCGAAGUGCAUCUCCAAUCUCCUCGCAGUUGGGUAUAGACGGCUGGUCGUAGAUCUGUAUUGGUCGGUGGAACGCCGAACAUGGACUUUCUGUCCGGUUGAGAUUCCCGCCAGGGCCGACGUGAUAGUAUCAGCUUACACAUCUACAACAACUGAAGCCUCGACAACUUCUACAACGACGGAAACAGCCACGACGACAUCGGGUGCAGAAGCCGCGGCCAUCACUGGAUACACUGAUUCACAUGGGGAUACGGUCUAUGAGGUAGGACCCUACAGGUGCACCAAUGAUCUCGACCUGUAUAGACUAUCAGAAGUACUUGUGGGCUACUUUCAAGAUACGGCAUCUGAACUCCUGGUCUACACGACAUAUUUGGUCCUCAACCUUCAUGUCGCUGGUAGCGAUGCCGAGCCGACCGAGCCGGCCAAGGUGGUGACAGGCGAUGAUUUACCAUCGUCGGAUACAGAGCGCGCUGGCUCGUUCCUCCAUACGGCUCUACGGCAAUAUAUAUACAGCCCUGCUCAGCUUGCCAAGGACCGAAGCGAUCUGAAUGAGUCAUGGUAUAACGUUGAACAAAGCUACAUGCCGAUUGUAGAAUACUUCACCGUUCAUGAAGACAAAUCAGGCAAACAAAGUACUCCAGAUGGAUGGCCAUCGGCGAAGUACAUUCAACUAGCGAAAUCAGAUCGAAUUCUCGUCGAAUAUGGAUCAGUGGAUCCGCAGCUUGCCAGCUACGACCUUUCUCAAGAUGAAGAUGGCAUUUUCCCUCCCGGCUAUCUGACUUCUGGGGUAGAUAUAUCUGCCGCUACGAAUGGCACCCUGACAUCGGGCUGUCUGUAUAAGGCGGAAGCCACAGAAGUCUCCCAGGCAAACUCAUCCUGGGCUCUCUCCAAUCCCGUCCCUGUUCCGAAUGGAUCAUCCACAGAGAGUGCUAUGGGAUCAUUAACCAAUAUCAUCUCCGGAAUAACGAGAUGCGGCAUCUCCCCAAUGCUCAACACCACCCUCUUCGGUCAAACAGCGGACACUAACGUGGAGCAUUAUCGCAACGUCUCCUUGUCGACGGGAUGGGCAUGGGCAAUUGGUGAACCACAGGGUGCAGCCUCCGGGGGCGGCACUGCGGAUGAACCCAGCUUCGACCGCUGCGCUGUCAUGGACCUAUCAUCGUACGGACACUGGCGUGCCACUAACUGCUCCGAACCGCGACGAGGCGCCUGUCGUGUGGGCAAUUCACCUUUUUCAUGGGCCUUGUCCAAUGCCACGGUGGAGUAUCCAAAUGUCUCAGACACCUGCCCUCCGGGAUCCACCUUCGCGGUCCCACGGACCGGUCUGGAGAACACUUACCUCUACGAGUACCUCCUGACCCAGCCCGAAACAACUAUCAACCCUGCGUCCACCGAUCCUAACCUACGGGAGAUCUAUCUUGACUUUAAUUCUAUCGAUGUAACAUCGUGCUGGGUUUCAGGUGGCCCUGCAGCAGAGUGUCCCUAUGUGUCCGACCCUCAACAACUAGAGCACAGGACUGUGCUUGUGGCGGCCAUCGCUAGUAUUAUCAUCUGUAUUAUCACAGCUUUGACUCUUUUCGUCAAAUGCAAUGCUAACCGGCGUAAUUUUCGUCGGCGAAAUCGUGUGAUCGGGGGUUGGGAGUAUGAGGGUGUGCCCUCGUGA